AUGAGUCUUGAUCUCACUUCAACACCGUCCUUGCCAGCUUUGCUUCCGGCUGGAUCACACAAACAAGACAAGAGUGAGAGAAAACAUUUUCCCGAACGAAGGGUGAAAAGAGAGUUGACAUUAUGGAAUGGUAUAACUACGAAUUUAGGAGAUCAACAAUUUUGUUUCGGAGAAAGCAACACCAACAGGAUACAAUCAAUAAUCAUCACCAAUGAAGAUGAUUCAGAAAAAAUUAUUACUGCUUUACAUCUUUCAGAUAAAUUGAUACAUAUUCUAGUGAAUUACGAAUUAAAACAAAUAAUAAGAUUUGCUUCAAACGAUGUAAAGAUUCUAUGUCAUCAUAUUUAUCAAAGAAAGAAGAAUAAGAUUUCUAUCAUAUUAAGUUGCUCUGAUUCCAAUAUUUAUUUAUUUGAAGUUUUAAAGAAAGAGAAGAAGAGAAAAAAUACUCAACGAAAAUCAAUGCAAUCUGCAUCCAAGCAAACACCUUCCAUUUUCUCAAGAGUAGAUCCUUGCGAUGUGAAAAGCUUUUCGUCAGAUUGGAAAGAUUACUUUACAUCCAGUGAAGGAAUUAUUAUUAAGGAAAUAUCGGACUCUGAUGUUUUACAAAAACUUCCAGAGCCUAUUUAUCAAAUACAAUCCAUCGAACCAGAAGUAAUCCAAAACCUUGUUGGUGAACAACCAAAGAGAAGUAGUAGGCACAUUUUAUUGUUCUCCAAAAUGCAGAUCUACAAGAUGUUUCAAGACGAAGUCUCAGAUGAAUUGAAACUUGUUCCUCAUUGUAAAACGCCUUCAGUGGUUCAUUCGAGAGUGACAUGCCUUUAUUAUCCAACCAAUACAAGCAAAAUAUCCCAACUCUCAGAUCAAAAUAGUUACCUCCUCACUGAAGGAUUUUUUCAAGCCCUCUUUGGAAGUGAAUUUAUUCUAAUGUCAUCCUGUAUUUGCUUGAUUGGUUGUGAAGAUGGGUCAAUUUUUUGCUUUCCUUCCAAUAAGAAUAUUAUUGAUAGAUUUUCUGAAAUGAGUUGUUAUAGGACGAUAUUGACUGUAAGAAAUUCAGUCCAAAAUAUUAUUCCACUAUCAAUAUCCAUUAACACUGACAAUGAAAGGUACAACUCAAUUAUUUGUGUGAGCCAUGAAGGACAUAUAGUGUUAUUAUAUCAUGAUAGAGAGCAAAUCAUCAAAAGGUCUUGUUUUAUUAAUAUCAAAAUAACCUCCUCAAUAGUAGUUAAAAACCAAUUGAUUGUGUCAAACAAUAAUGGAUCCCUAUUUUCUUUCACUAUUUACGACAAGAUCCAAUCAACUGAUGCAUUCUCCAAGACAUCUAGUGUUAUCAAGUUAUUUGACUCUGUAGAACUGAGAGAAAUACCCUCAGAAUCAAACAUUUCUGUUUUUCAUGAAUUUAAGGCAAAGAAGUAUCAUCCCUUUCACUUUCAUUCCUUCCCAAAUACAGAAUUAUCACUUUCACGGUUAACCUUCUCGCCUCAGGAUGAAAAGAAAAAGCAUAUGAGAGCAAAAGGAGCAUGUACAGUAUUCACUAAAUCUGGAAAUCUUGAACAUAUUAUAAUACCAUCACACACUACCAUUGACGACUGGUUGUGUCACUCUGUUGCUCCGAAUAGAUUACAAAAUGGAAUUCGAGAUAUGAUACAGCAAGUGGAUGAGAGUUUUACCGUAUUGGAUGCAUCCAAAAGGGAACAAGAACAUUUGAACAGAGAAAUUUACACACUCAAUACAGCCAUGCAUUUACUUCAUGAGUGGAAGGAGCAAGGAAAGAGAAUAUCGAGUAAUAUCAAAUGCUUCACCCGGAAAGAAGACAUGCAACCCGUAAUGGAAUGCAGUGUGUAUAAUGGAACAGAUUUCGUGUUGACCAAUCAGUGGAGUAGUAAGUAUUUUCAAUAUAAUGGACUAGUGACAACUCCAAUAAUGCAACUUGUAGUUAUUGUAUUAGUGGAUUGGCACCACCACAACCUGAUGUGUUACUCUUUUCCUAUUAACCAUUUGGACAGCACGAGUACAUGGAUGAGAACUAUUCCAAUCACUUUCCACAGUGGACAUUCAUCAUUUAAUGUCAGCAUCAUACUCUCUUUCAAUCAAACAGAAGGCCAUUUUUCACUGGUGCUCAAAGAACAACGUUUUAACUUGAUGGAUUUACUCGACACAACUUUGGAACAAUCAACCCCAAGGUCUCAUGCAUACUUGUCUGUUCCUUCCCCAAAUAAUAUGAGAUCCACUUCAAUGCGUCUCCGUAGCCUAUUUCAAAAAUAUUACAAGAACAAAAGCAUUCCCUAUUUCGACCACUUGAAUACAUUGUUGACCAGCACAAUUUCACACAGCUUUAAGUUGAAAAUGAACCCUCUUGAGGAUCGAUAUACAAUGAAUUGGGAAAGGAUGUUGAGAAUACCUCUUGAAGAAAUAUCGAGCUUGAGUCAAGACGAUUGGGCAGCGUUUAUUGAUAGUAGAGAGGCCACACUAUCCUCCAAUAACUUUGCAACACCUUCAUUGUUGAAAACUCCAAGCGGAGAACACCUGAAGCUCAAAAUCUCAACCUCUCUUGGAGGGCAAGCAUUUGAUGUGUUUCUUCAGAGUAAUCAAUUUGGAUGUCUUCUUGCCUCUCGAGCAGCCUUUUUGGAGAAGCUAAAACAAUAUUUAUUGGUUCGACAGAAAAUUGAUUUUACACUUGCUUCAUAUCCGAGAAUUACCCCAAAAGAGGAAAUUAUUGAGACAAUCAAGUCUUUGCAAAACAUUCGAACAGCUGCUUCUCAAUUACUGGCAGAAUUCGAGCAAGUAGAAGAACUAUGGCACUCUCUUCAUUCCAAACGAGACAAGAACCACUCUGACGCCACUGUGGUGAGCACAUCAAAUACUCCACUAUUGACUCUUCUUCAUCAGUUGAACAGUUUAGACAAGAAAAUAGUGGAGACCAUGAAGGAAUUGAGACAAACGAAAUGUGGUCUGUAA